GCUGCCUUGUGGAGUCGGCGGUGCAGGAGGGAGGCAGCGCCCGGACGGCUUCUCCCCUUUCUCUCUUGCUAUGUGCUGGCUGUGUUGCUCCCUCUCUUUGGUGAUGCUGCUGAGUCUAAGCGUGAGCCCCGGAGCCCCCGGCACAGUGAAUCCAUGCUGCUCUUUUCCAUGUCAACACAAAGGCAUAUGCGUCCGAGUUGGCAUAGAAGGGUACGAAUGCGACUGCACCCGGACUGGCUAUUUUGGCACAAACUGCACUUUUCCGGAGUUCUGGAUGAGGAUACGUAGCGCCUUGAAACCAAGCCCCAGAUUCUAUCACUUCAUCCUGACCCACUUCCAGUGGUUUUGGGACAUCAUCAAUAGCACGUUCAUCCGGGACACGCUGAUGCGGCUCGUGCUGACAAUCCGUGCCAAUCUCAUUCCCAGCCCACCCACCUACAAUUCCGCCUAUGGGUACAUCAGCUGGGAGGCCUAUGCCAAUGUGAGCUACUUCACUCGUGUCCUCCCACCAGUGCCCAAUGACUGCCCCACUCCCAUGGGAACGAAAGGGCCUGUGCAGCUCCCUGAUGCAAAGCUGGUGGCGGAACGUUUUUUCCUGCGCAGGACAUUCCAGCCUGACCCUCUGGGGACGAACUUGAUGUUUGCUUUCUUUGCCCAGCACUUCACACACCAAUUCUUUAAGACGUCGGGCAAAAUGGGCCAUGGUUUCACCAGAGCUCUGGGGCAUGGGGUGGAUCUUGGGCACAUAUAUGGUGACAAUUUGGAGCGCCAGCACAAACUCAGACACUUCCAGGAUGGGAAACUGAAGUACCAGAUGGUUAAUGGGGAGAUGUAUCCACCCACGGUGCUGGAGGCUCCAGUGCACAUGAUCUAUCCAAAGCACAUCCCGCCAGAGAAGUGCCUUGCCAUUGGCCAAGAGGUCUUUGGGCUGCUGCCAGGCCUCAUGAUGUAUGCCACCAUCUGGCUGCGUGAGCACAACCGCGUCUGUGACAUCCUGAAGCGGGAACACCCAACCUGGGAUGAUGAACAGUUGUUCCAGACCACGCGGCUCAUCCUCAUUGGUGAGACCAUCAAAAUUGUAAUUGAAGACUAUGUCCAGCAUCUUAGUGGCUACUACUUGCGCCUGAAGUUCGACCCCGAGCUCCUUUUUGGGGUACAGUUCCAAUAUCGGAACCGCAUUGCUGUGGAAUUCAACCAGCUUUACCACUGGCACCCACUGAUGCCAGAUAGCUUUGUCAUCAAGGGCGAGGAGUACAGCUACGACCAGUUUGUCUACAAUGUCUCCAUGCUGACUGACUACGGCGUGGAGGCCCUUGUAGAGGCUUUCUCCAGACAGCAAGCUGGCCAGAUUGGUGGAGGGCAGAAUAUUCACAGUCACCUUCUGAACGUGGCUAUCGGGGUCAUUGAGGAAUCACGCCUGCUGCGACUCCAGCCCUUUAAUGAAUACCGGAAGAAGUUUGGCAUGAAGCCCUACACAUCCUUCCAGGAACUCACAGGGGAGGAGGAGAAGGCAGCGGAGUUGGAGGAGCUGUAUGGGGAUAUUGAUGCAAUGGAAUUCUACCCAGGCUUGCUGGUGGAGAAGAGGCAGCCUAAUGCCAUUUUUGGUGAGAGCAUGGUGGAGAUAGGGGCCCCCUUCUCCUUGAAAGGGCUCUUUGGGAACCCCAUCUGCUCUCCUGAGUACUGGAAGCCCAGCACAUUUGGAGGUGCCACCGGCUUUGAGAUGGUGAAUACAGCAUCACUGAGGAAACUUGUGUGCCUGAAUGUGAAGAACUGUCCCUAUGUGGCUUUCCAAGUGCCUGAAGGUGAUGGGGAGAGAAAGGAAGAGGCAGCAAGCAGCAGGUCUGGGGAGAAGAAGCCGUCUUCUGAGCUUUAGGAUCCAGGCGGAAGGGAUCCUCCUGGGCUUGGCAGGUGGUCACAAUCCAGCCAGUAAGCUUCCAUCACUUUUGGUGGCAAAGGGCACUCAGGUUUGAUGGUUGGCAGGCUGACAAAUAGAUAAAAUGGCACAAGCCCCCUCCUGAUCACCAUGUUCCCCUGAAGCUAAACAGAAGGUCCUUUCAUGGUUGGGGGAGCAUCUAAGGCUGUGGUUUUUUUGAGAAACGAACGUCCACUGAGGUCUGUCCAUUCCCAGCAGAAGAGUCCUCCCCACACCUUGAUUUCUCAUCUCCUUCCUUGCCCUCUGUGCGCUAGGCUACUCUUAACCUCUUGGUUGCAAGAGAAAUGUCACUGUACACCGUUCCCACCUCCCCUCCAUACUAGGAACUUUGUUCCCUGUAGCCUCUUUCCGAGUUAGAAUUCCUCGAAACUGUUACUCCUGUUUUAAACUUGUGGUGUAGAUAAACCCUAGAGUCAAAGCUGAUGAGAUCCAAGGGGGAGGAAGACCUUUUUGAAUGUCUCUGGGGUGUGUAUUCUUGCUGCAAGGAGGGUGGAAGAGGAGGAGAUGACUUCUGAUAGUAGCAAUCAAAGCGGGAUGGAGAGUGUGAAUUUCAGAACAGAGAAAGACCUGAACUUUGUAUUUAGAUGGCUGUGCGGACCACAGAAAUGCUUCCUUCUCCAGACUAUGGGAGCAUAGCUGGCUUCAUCACCUCACAAACUCAGGCAGAUGGGAUGGUGAAGGGCACCUCAGAUGUCAGGCCCAGGGCUUUUUUUCAGCUGGAAUGUGGUGGAACGGAGUUCCAGCACCUCUUCAGUGGCGCGGAGGACAAUCUAAACUCCCCUCUGUCUGGAGAUCAGGGGGCGGGGCCACUGGCCAUGUGAACAUUUUUGCUGAGGGCAAUUUAAACUUUUAAAAACUCCCCCCUUGUUCCAGCUGACUCAAAGUGACAUCAUUGUGCGGUCCUGAGUUCCACCACCACUUUUCCCAGAAGAAAAGCCCUGGUCAGGCCUCUUGUUGUCCAUCAACUGACUGUGGCAUUGUUCUAAUCUAGCAGCCAUAUCACUCCGACACCUGAUGGAUCUCCCCCAACCCACUAGAUGGCAGUGUUAGGAGCAGCACCUCUUUCGCUGUGCUUGGAUCAGGCAGGCAGCUGGCCCAUUUCUUGGCACUGCCUGCUUGCACCAUUCCUGUUUAGCCCAGAGAAAAUGCACCGUCUUCUCUUCUAUUGUUCCUGUUCCUUAUUCCCACUGCCUGCCUGGGAGAUCCUAGAUGGGGAAAUAAUAUGAAAAUUUUCCAAGGUGUUUGCUUGAGAGGGGGAACCACUGGAAGGGGUUGGAUUAGCCUCUUAACUGCAAUUGUAGCAAUUGCCAGCAGCCACAAGCUGGACACACAGUAAACACUCUCACAAAUGCUCCUUGGCUUACCAAGCUUUGCAUUAGGCACACGUGCAAUUUUCUUCUAAAGUUCAGUUUGUUUUUGAUCUCUUUAUUAUAAUUACUGCACAUUUAUUUUCUUUAUUCCAUUGGCUUCAAUGAGAAACACAUUUCCAGCUGUCACAUUCUCCCUGCCCAUCCAAUGAAAUUCUCAGGGAUUCUGUCAUCUCUGUUGGGAUCCUUCCUGCCAAAUUUCAGGAAAAUAUAUGGUAUUUUAUAGGCAAUUAAAAUUCUCAUCUGCAGAGCAGGCAGAGGAAGUCAUUGAACCACCUGGCGUGCCUGCUCAUACCUGAAGCAGAAGCAUUGUGGGGUCUCCACCAUUUUUUAAACAAAAAUGGAUUGCAUGAGUGAAAGGAGCUAAAUCCUGCCCCCUCCCCAAAAAACUAAUGCCUGAAUCAUUUCCCCCCAGCCUAGUCUUCAGUACCUGUCAGUGUUUCAUCCACUUGGUGGCAUGAUCUGUAUAACUGUGUAACCGGAGAACAUCCCUGUCAUUUUAGUCAUUCUCUACCCUCUGCCCUUCUUAAACUCAUAGCCAGCAAACCAGAUGUCAGAGUAACAGCCAAAUGCUUCCCACUAUUACCCACUGUCAUUAAUUUUCUAAUUCAGUUUAGUUAUAAUAAUGUUAUAGUCAGAUUAGUUAUAUUGAAGAUGGGGUGUUCACUGGUUCAGGUUUAGAUCAGGAAUAUGCAGCCAAAUGAUUACUCCGUGCGGCUCCACCACUCAGCACUGCUUCUCAAACCCUGCCCACCAUUACAUUUUGAGAAUUAACAUAGACGCAGCCAACUUCUGCCAGCUAAGGGCUCUGUCAUUGAGCCUGGUCUCAUGACCAGGUGCGGCAUGACAGAAAGUCUACUGAGAAGAUAGUUUCAAGUAGGUAGCUGCAUUGGUCUGCAGCAGAACAGCAGAAUUCGAGUCCAGUGGCACCUUAAGAGUCCAACAAGUAUAAGUUUUUGAGAGUCAAAGCUCUCUUCUUCAGAUAUCUGAAGUAUUUCUGAAGACGAUGGUAUAUGAAGAAGGGAGUUUUGACUCUCGAAAGCUUAUACUCUAAAAAUCCUGUUGGUCUCUAAGGUGUCGCUGGGCUCAAAUUGUGCUAUUCUGAGAAGGGAAUCCUGGGAAAAAAGGAACUCCCAAGAUCAGAAGCAGGCACAUAUGAAACUGCUUUAUCUCACCAGAACAUAGGUCCAUCUUAGAUCAGUUAUUGUCUUCUUGGAUGGCGACUCUCCAAGAACUAGGGCAGCAAAAGGCCUAUUCCAAAAUCCUCCCCCUCGAGAUGCCAGAAAUUGAAUCUUGAACCUCUGCCAUGCUAAGCAUGUGCUCUACCAUUGAGCUAUGGCUUCUAACAAGGUUCCUUCUGUCAGUUUAUUGGCUCAUCUAGCUGAAUAUUGUUUCCUUUGAGGGACAGAAGCUCUACAAGGUCACAGGUAGAGAAAGGUCUUUCCCAACACUUGCUAUCUGAGAUUUGUUAGCUGGAGACACCAGGGACUGAACAUCGGACCUUCUGCAUGCAAAGCAGGUGGUCUGCAACUGAGUUAUGGACAUAACUCUUCCAAAAAAGACACAUCAUAGUUGUGAAGCUAAAGGAAAGGUAGAGCACGGUGUAGGGUUCUUUUGUUCUAUGGAAUCUUCAUCUCCUCACUUGUGGCCCACAGCCUCUUCCUCCAGAAAGAAAUGUACCUGAACUUUCUCCCUGGGUCUCCAACAUAAAGUGACACUAUUCAUCACAGGUGAUGUUGUCCUCUGGUCAAAGUCCUUCGAAACAAAAACAGCGGUGGAGAAUUGUGGGAGGGGGAUAAUCAAGUUGAUGGAGAGGGCUACAAUGAGGCUUUUCCUUGGAGAAGCAAGAUUUGUUCUUAUCCAUGAACAUCCUGGCUAGGCUACUGUAACACUACUGCCUUUGAAGACAAUUGGAAACUUCAAAUGUAAUAAUAGGCAGCAGCAAUGCGUUACAAUACAGAGAAGGCAUCAUACCAGUUUUAAAAGAAUUCUGCUUUACUGCCUAGUUGCUUGUCAGCCCAAUUCCGAGUACUCUAAGUCCUAGCCAAUCUGCAGCCUGGACACUUGAUGGAUCGCUGCUCCCAUAUGAACCUGCUAUCAAUUAAGCUCAGCAUCAGAGGACUGCAUGUGAGCCUGUGCAGCAACCAGAAGCUGAGCUGAGCCAUCUCUGUGGUGGCAGCCUUGAUUAUGGAACACCCUCCGCAAAGUCAUUUGCCUUUUGUGCCUUAGGCUUUCUUCCCCACCAUUCUGCUAAUUGGGCAUUGCAAAUUCUGCUCCGUUUUGGUUACAUUCAUGUUUAAACACCCUUGCUGAGAUGGUUUUAAACACCCUGUUGAAGUUGUUUCCUUCUGCUUUUUCAUGCUGCUAUUUUUAUUCUGCCAUACCACUGUUUGUACUGAUUUUUAUCGAUGUUAUUAGUUUUAUAAUGAUUUUUUAAAAGUUUAUAAAAAUGGUAUAUGCCAUUCAGGCAUAUUUUAUAGAGUGCAACUAAAAAAAAUCAAAUAAAUAAAUAGCUAUUUUUCAAAGA